GACACACAUCUCUCGUCGAACAAAGCAGCGGAGCGGCGGCGACAGCAGCGGUAGCAGAGGGUGCAAAAUUCGCUGGAGGAGGAGGGCGAGAGGGAGGCUGCUCCAGCGGGGAGGGGGUGAAACGCGAGCGAGGCAGGCGUCCCGAGUGGAGGCAGCGUCAGUAGUAAACCCCCCGCCCGAUCAGCCGGGACAGAGCAGCUGACCCUUUGGCUCGGCGGCGCGCAGCUCGCUCUCGCGUGCUCUCGAUCCUCGUAUUCCUCGGUACUCGCUGCGUAGCCCCGAGCCCUGUGCAGUGCGUCGUUUUCCUCUGUGACAGCUUGUGCGCCCGCCGCUGCUGCAGCCUUUACUGCGGCGUCGCUGCUGCGGAGCGGGGCUGCUUCGCGCCGAGGAGAGGAGACACCGACAGCCGCGAGCCAGGAGGAAGCUGGCGAGACUAAGGCUGCGGGGCCAGAAUGAGAGGAAAAAGCGAUGCGGAAAGACUGAUCCUCUUCCGCGACAGCAGCAGCAGCAUCCAGAGAAGCAGAAAACCAGCUCCCUGCCGCCGUGGCGCCGUAGCAGAGGUAUCAGCGGCAGCUGCUUCUCCUUCGUUGCUGCCUCGUAAAAGUCCGGGACUGCGGCAGUAAGGAAGGAAAAGGCGGAAAUAGGGUGCGAGGAUCAGAUACAGGAAAGAGGACAGGAAGGAAGGAAGGAAGGAAGGAAGGAAGGAAGAAAGAAGUGAAAGAGUUUGGAGUAAGGAGGGAGAGGCUGCGCGCGGCAACCUCAAAUAAGUUCGCUCGCGGGGGGAUGCAGCGCGAAGGGGCGGCGGCAUGGAGGAGCCCUCGCUGGAGGCUCUCAUGCAGGCGGGCUUCAUCUUCGUGGUCGGCGUCACCAUUAUCCUCUCGAAUCUCCUCAUCAUCGCAACCUACCUCAACUUUCGCGGUCCCAGUGAGGUGAUAAACUACUACUUGCUCUCGCUGGCAUCGGCGGAUCUACUCUGCGGUCUGCUGGUGGUGCCGCUCUCGGUGUAUCCGGCGCUGGUGCGAAGAUGGGUCUAUGGGGACAUCGUUUGCCGACUGGUCGGCUAUCUGGAGGUCACGCUCUGGGCCGUCUCCGUCUACACGUUCAUGUGGAUUUCUGUCGAUCGAUAUCUCGCCAUCAGGAAGCCACUGCGCUACGAGACGGUGCAAACGAAAACGCGUUGCCAAUGCUGGAUGGUGUUCACGUGGAUAAGCGUGGCGAUGAUGUGCUGCCCGCCGCUGCUCGGCUUCAACAAGCCGAUCUUCGACCGAGAGGCCUUCAUCUGCAUGCUCGACUGGGGCAACAUGGCCGCCUACACCAUAACCCUGUCGAUACUCGUGCUCGGCCCGUCGGUCAUCACGAUCGUCUACACCUACUUCUACAUCUUUCGCAUGAUGAGGAAGCUGAGGUCCGGCGUGCCGAUACACGACAAGGAAUACGCCACUGCCCUGUCCGAGAACCUGAGCAAUCCCAGUCACAUAAUGUCGUUCGUCCUGGUGAUGACCUUCUGGAUCUCGUGGACGCCCUACGCUGGCCUCAAGAUCUGGGCCUCGAUUAACGGACCUCCACAGGUGCCGUUCCUGAGCUUCGCCGUAGUGUGGUUCGGGGUGACGAACAGCUUCUGGAAGGCGGUGGUGCUCGGCACCCUCAGCCCGCAGUUCCGCCUGGCGGCGCGGGUCCUCUGCCUGACGCUCUGCUGCCGCCACAGGCGACUGCCGCCCGAGCUGCUCGGCCUCGACGACGACGACUAGGGCAGCGCAAGCGACGACUGCGGCGGCGCUCGCGGCUACAGCUACAGCAGCGCACACAGGCCGCUUUCGUCAUACAACCACUACCAGCACCAGCACCUACGUCAUCCACAGCUACUCAGGAUCGCGCCUCCGCCGUACGAGCAGCGGCCGCCCGCGGCGGACGACAGCGGCAACUACGCCGACGACGACGAUGACGACUACGAGGACGACGACGACGAUUUGUUACCGGUCUACACCAACUCUUGCGUCUCUCCGCAAUCUCCCUCGUAUAGGACCGCGGCGACCACUCGGUCUCGUGCCCAGACCGAGUCGAUCACCUCUUCUUACUCCUCCUUCGUCAGCGACUACGAAUCCCUGCGCUGAGAGGCGCCUGCGACGCGCCGACUCCGCGCACUCGAUCAUCGCGCUAGAUCUCACGCUGUUAGAUAAGUAUGGCGCUCCGACUGCAGCUCGCAUCGCUCGAUUUUUUCGCUCGCUUAUCGAGUCCGUAGCUACGCUCCCUCGCAUCCGAAACGAAUUUCUAAAACGAAUCAAAACUUUCUACUCGACCUCGUUACGCGCAUCCACUCGACACUGCAGCACAGCAGUUUUCACGUUAUUUACCCGCGAUUCCUCUUCUCUUCUUCCUCCUCCCUCAUAAGGCUUUUGUGCACUGUAUAACACACCCUAGUUCGCCAACCUCGCUGAAUUCAAACCGUUACCGCUCUCUAUAUAACAUACAAAUAUAUAUAUAUAUAUAUAU